GCCUUCCUGUGCUGCGUCUCUGUGGCAUCACUUCUACUACUCUUUCUUCCCAGAAAACAAUCGAAGCAGCGCCCUUCGCCGUCCACAGGUGAAGUGACGGCGGGGAGCGCUCGUGAGCGUGGCUGUGGGAGAGCCUCCCACGGGCAGGAGGGAUGAUCAACCUGAGCCUAACCCCGCCCCCCCGGCUCUCGUCGGGGAACUUAUCAGCGCCCGCUCUGAGGCGCUCCGCACACCGGACCGGCCACACACCAGCGUGUUCCUCCGCACACAGGCUCCCGAUGCUCGCAGACGCACCGCUGGCAGCCAGCGCUGACCUCCGUGGGCGUUAAAGUGUGCGCGUGCCGCGAUGGAUUUCUUCGAGCGCGGGUACCUGCACGCGCGGUCUCCUUACGACUACACCUUUAAUUUCUGGAACGACUACCUCGGCCUGUCCACGCUGGUGGCUAAUAAGAAGGUGAGCAGCCCGUCCUGCAGCCCGAACUCCAUCACGGAGUCUCUUAAAGCCACUCUGGGCCUGGAGGACGACUCCGCCGUCUGCUCCUGCGCCGUUGGCCACGGCCGCGAGCACGACGCGCACCUGGACUGCUGCUGCGCGCCCCCGGGCUCCCCGUUCUCCAUCUACGAGCUGAAGGAGCGCCUCUCGCUGCUGCCGCCGGGGGACGGGGACGCGCCGUUCAGGGGCGGCUUCGACCUGCUCUCCAUGGAGCGCAGGCGCAAACAGACUCCGAGGGCGAAGCCCGAGCCCAAGGUGUGCGUCUUCUGUCGGAAUAACGGCGCCCCGGAGGAGGUGUACGGCACGCACAUCCUGAAGACGGCCGACGGCCGCGUGCUGUGCCCCAUCCUCCGCGCCUACACCUGCCCGCUGUGCAGCGCCAACGGCGACAACGCGCACACCAUCAAGUACUGCCCGCUGUCCAGGGAGCAGCCGAGCCGCGGAGCGGCCAAGGGGGGCAGGGCGGCGGGCAAGAGGCUGCGGGUCUUCUAGCGAGUCUGGACCGGGGUUUGGAGACAGACUAGAGGUGUCUACUGCUUUUUUCUCACGUCUUGUGACUCCGUGGGCCCAGUUUACACACGGACGCAUUACGCACGAUAUCCAUCCAAAAACCAACCAAAGUACGAGUCGAGCUGUAAAUGAACACCUUCAGAAGCGCGUGCUGUGACACGCCAGCAGAAAUGAAUAUGCAGCACUCCUCAUAUGAAUGUUUGUCCCCACAUCAGCGGCCGUGGAGUCUGAGGCCACGUAAGAUGCAACACAUACUUCUUUAUAUCGAGCACAUUUUCCCGAGAUGCGUUUUCUACCAAAGGAACUCACUUUUGUAUUUAGCCUAACGGUGGUUUCUGUACUGUUUAUAUGUGGAUGUCUUCUAUUCUUUAUGUGCUUUAUUGUGAAUAGUAUAUUUCAGGAUUCAGCUGAAUGUAAAGGUGGCAGCUCAGCCACAAACACAAUGUCCAGUAGGUUUGGUUCCCUUCAAAUGUGGAUCUGCAAAGGGCGACGGAUUUAAACAUUUAAAGCCUGAUAUCCCAAAGUCUUUAUCUGUCAAUGAAAGGUUUUAAGUUCCUGUUUCUACCGUAUGUAUCAUUGGGAAAUACUGUAUAUUCACUGUAAAUGACUUCUGAAUAAACAUGUAAUUUGCAUUUUCCUUA